GGAGAGGCCAUCAGCAUAGCCGAAAGAAAGCAACCAUUCCAUUUCCAAGAGAGAGAAGGAGACAUUCGCAUAGAGUAGCAUCACUCUUUUUCCUGUCUCACUGCUCACAUUCCGUACUAUGCAAACUCUUGCUUCUUCUCAUCUUCUUCAGUAUCGCCGCCUCUUCUCUGACCACUUCCCCAAAACCCAUUUGCAGAAAUCUACAGUUCAUAGACAAAACCUCACUCAAUUAGGCUCUGCCUUUGUUUCCAGGGCUUCCGUUUCAUCUAAUGCUCACCCAAUUGAGAGAAAAUCUUCUCUAGCUUUUCUCUCUCCUCUUGAAGCAAUUCUAUUUGAUAUUGAUGGAACAUUGUGUGAUUCGGAUCCGCUCCAUUAUUAUGCUUUCCGUGAAAUGCUUCAAGAAGUAGGUUUUAAUGGUGGGGUUCCUAUCACUGAGGAAUUCUUCAGUGACAAUUUAAGUGGAAUGCAUAAUGAGAAACUUUGUAGUAUCCUCUUUCCUGAGUGGGAUAUCCAAAGAGCAAGAAAUUUUUUUGAAGAUAAGGAAGCCAUGUUUCGAAGAUUGGCAUCUGAACAAUUAGAACCUGUUAAGGGCCUCCACAAGUUGCGCCAAUGGAUUGAAAAUCAAGGCUUGAAACGGGCUGCAGUAACAAAUGCUCCAAGACCAAAUGGCGAGCUAUUAAUAUCAACGGUGGAGCUCUCGAAUUUUUUUGAAAUUGUUGUUGUUGGAGAUGAAUGUGAUCGAGCAAAACCAUUUCCUGACCCUUACUUGAAGGCUCUCCAAGCACUUCAGGUGUCACACAAGCAUGCUUUCGCCUUUGAGGAUUCUGUUUCAGGGGUGAAAGCGGGUGUAGCAGCUGGAAUGCCAGUAGUGGCCUUAGGCACAAGGAAUCCUGAGAUAUCAUUGAUUAAUGCCGGAGCAGCCUUUGUUAUUAAAGACUUUGAGGACCCAAAAUUGUGGGAAGCACUGGAAGAGUUUGAGAGGAAGGCAAUGUAACAACAGUUGCAACUUGAAAUGGCAAUCACAUAUGAGAAUAAUAAGUAGCAAAAGGUGUGAAAUGGCAAUCCAUCGUAAAUUUCAAGAUAAAUAGCCAUUUUCUACUUCUGUUCCUGUGCAGUGAUUAGGCAUUUGGACAUCCCGGUGGAAAUUGUUAUCCUAUUCUUUGUUAGUUGUAAAUUUUGAGAUAAUACUCUUAAUUAGGUGUACAAGGAGGGCCAUAACGAGAAAAUUAUUACGGGUGGUCCCAUUUCCA